AUGCUGUUUUGCCGGACACAAUUCCAACUCAGGCAACCUGGUUUAAUUUGUCUCACCACUUCAGGAAAUGAUGCGGCUUCUGUUGUUGUCUGUGCAGAGUCUACUCCAAAAAUCCAAUCUCCAGCACGCCUCUCACCUACACAGCUCGUAUCCCACCCUGUCGCCCAGGCUACACUCAAUUGCCACCAUCCACCCAACACUUCGAUGGGAUCACCAUUAGAGCCUCUCGAUACAGCUUCCACCUGCCCUCCAGCCCUAGCAGCAGGUGGUGUCUCCAUACUCGGUCGAGCCAAACAGGCUUGCUUCCAGGCCAAGCAAAGACGAGAUCACGCUGGACCUCUGUCCGUCGGUGAUGCCAGGAGGACAGAAGUGCGGGGCAGUCUGGACAACCGGAGCUGGGGCGAUGGCAGGGGGUCAACUCAAAGGGUGUCCUACCAACUCCGCCCCAGUGAAUCAAAAGACUUGGUUGCCAAGCCGACAGGGAAAACUGGCGGAAACGGACACGCGACAGCAGGUAUUGUUGACCGUCGCGUGUCUACCCUCCGCGAAUCACCAUACCGAGAAACUUCAUAUCUAUUUAAGCAGUCCUUCAAACGGCCUGUUGAGCAAAUACACUUCACAACCUAA